AUGGGGGAGGCGAAAGGGGAAGGGUGGAGGGUGGCAGGAGCGAGCAACGAGCGGCGGACAACGGGCAAUGAGCAGCGCGAGCAGUGGGCAGUGGGUAGCGGCGGGCCGGGCAGCGGACAGCUGGCUGGAGGCAGGAGGCAGGAAAGAGGAGGUGGUGACGGUAGUGGCGGCAGUAGCGGUAGAGGUAGCAGUGGUGGCGGCGGCAGCGGUGGUGGCGGUGGCGGUGGCGGCAGUGGCGGUAGCGGCGGCGGCGGCGGUGAUACAGACGGAGGAUGA